ACAAAUUCACGGAGAGCAUUUCUUGGAAAGGCUGGGGAUGGGAAGGAAUGGACGAAAUGGAGGGAGCCAUACCAGGGGCGGUGAGGAGCUGGUAUUCUGAGAUCAAGAACAACUAUGAUUACCAAUCAGGUCGAGGAUCUAGCGUUAUCGGACAUUUCCAAGCAGUGGUGUGGAAAGGAGAGACAAAGCUAGGCUGUGGGCUCAACAUUAAACCUGAAGAUGGGACUUAUGUCACUGCACAUUACGCUCCGCCUUCUCAUACGAGCAUGAACAAGGAGAAACUUGCACCGGAAAAUAUAGAACCACGAAAACAACCAGCGGCAGGUUGUGACGUUCUAUCGGGCGACCGUGAGCCAUGCAGCCCUGAUCUCAAGGCACCGCUCGUAAACCCGGGAAGUUGUCUUCCUGCCGAGGCCUGUUGCUAUGACGACAUGUUUAUGGGAGAGGCGUCAAUGAAAUUCUAUGACAGAAAUCGACGUAUUUGGUGUUUUAAGAAGCACAGGUAGAAAAAGCUUAUUGAACGACUGGGAUUUAAUAAAAUGAUUCAAAAUAACCAAAUCUUCAUUGUUUUACUUUCUUGAAAUUCCACUCUCCUUGUAGGUAAUAAUGUU